AUGAUCGCUAAGACCAGCUACAUAAGCAAGAUAAGAAAGAAGUCCACAGAUAAAAAAAAAACGGUAAAUAAGGUAUUUGAAACGUGUACAACUACUUCUUUAGAUUUUAAAGAACUACAGUCGAGACUACAAGAUUGCAAGGCCUCACAGCAGAAUGGGCAACUUUACAUUACAAUUAAACAAGCUAAAUCUAAACUAAAAUCAGACGAAAUAAAGGAGGCAGGCAGAAGUUUAGAAAAAACCAAGAUGCAAUACACAUUUGAGAAAAACGAAGACCUGGAAAACAUGCUUUCAAAACAAAAUGCAUCUGGAAAGCUUACUUUGUCUACUGUUGUAACUUCAAAGGUGAGGAAACCAAUUGACAGUUUUACCUACAAAGGAUGCAUAAAUUUAAAGACAAAGUCGGAUCAGUAUGGUUGCUUUAUCACAGGAUGUGUUCUUCUGUCCUCUAACAAACUUGUGGUGGCUGACAAGGAUAACGAAAAACUGAAAGUUGUUGAUAUCAAAGACAAAGCUGUAAUAGAAGAGAUAAUACUAUCUUCACAACCAUGGGAUAUUGCAGUAAUGCCCCUGGACCAGGUUGCUGUGACAGUGCCAGAUAAGAAAGAGAUCCUUAUUAUGACAACAGCAGGUAAACUGUCAACUAUCCUCAAGUUCCCAGUUAAAGGAGAAUGUAGAGGUAUAGAUUUCCAUCAAGGCCAUCUCUAUAUAGUUUGCAUUGAUCCGAAGUGUGUAUUUAUUACAGAUACACAAGGUAACGUCCAGAACACAAUUAAUCUGGAUAAUAAGAUAUUUGGCACACCUAACUACCUACUACUAAGUAAGGAUCCGAGACAUAUCUUCAUUAGUGUCUAUGGCAGUAACAGUGUCGUCGAUAUAACACUACAAGGUGAUACAUCUGCUGAAUACAAAAACAAAGACUUUAUAUCACCAGAGGGAAUGAUGAUAUCAGACGAUGGAUCCUUGCUGGUGUGUUGCAAUGGUAUGAAAGGCAGCAUACAUGGCAUUUCUGCUGAUUUGAAUCAAGGUGACACGAUGUAUGAUGAACUGUCUUUUCCGUACUCUAUCUGUUAUAAUCGUAAUCAACAUGAGGUCUAUGUUGGAUGUGUUAAUGAUUACAUGAUUGUGUUGAGUGCCAAAUAA